AUGGCAUCCAAUUCAGAAGAUGAAGUUAUGAACAAUAUCUCCGAUGUCGAUGAGGAGGAUGAUCUGUUUGGAGAUGUUCCUGAUGAGGAGCCAGAGACCGCACCACCACCACCCAGGGUGUUGAGUGACGCAGAAUUGGAUUCGGGAGACGAUGAGGGGCGCGAUGAUAGAGUACCUAACAGGGACGAUGAAGAAGAAUUACCGGCGGAAGAUACUCGAAAUGCGCGAAUUCUCGAGGCUGACAUAUUCAGACAUCCAGUUCCGAGACCUUCAGAUGGAGAAUUCCAUACAUUUCGCCUUCCAAAAUUCUUUGGAAUUGAGCCUCGAGAAUAUAAUCCUGAGACUUUUGAAAUCCCCGUCUCCGAUCACCAUGCCUCUACCCAAUCCGCAAAUUUCUCGGCCAGGAAUGUUGCCGAAUCAACGAUCCGCUAUCGCAAGUCAGACUCUGGCAAACUCGAAAGUAAUACGAACAUAUACACAUGGAGCGAUGGAAGUACCACUCUAGCUAUUGGCGACCAGCAUUAUGAAUUACAGAGCAAGCCUCUUGCGCCCGCUAAGGAUAGCAAAUACAACGAAGUCUUGGACUCACAUAGUUACAUGGCUUCACCUUCAGUUACAUCACAAAUUCUUGUUGUCGUAGGACACAUGACCAACGAGUACACAGUCAGGCCCAACAAGUCUAUUGAAGAUGAUGCUCUGAACAGGUUGAAAAAGAAUCUUACUGCAGCUACUGGUCUAGAAGGAGGUGAAAAGAAACGUCUAAAUAUGAUCGUCAAAAAUGAAGAUCCUGAACUUCAAAAGAAGCGAGCAGAAAUGGCAGAAAAGGAACGAAUGCGUGCUCAACGUCGUCGUGAGGCUCAGCUUGAUAGAGCCAGUCAAUCGACUGGACGUCGUGUGGGUGUGGGUGCAGGUCUUACUCUCGAUGAUAUAGAUGGUCGCCCUGGACGUCGUGGACCACGUAAACCUGCUGGAGCUAAGCGUCCUCGCCGUAGACCAGAGUAUGAUUCGGACGACGACCUUCCUCGUGGUAGAAAUCGUGAAGACGAGUACGACAAAGAGGAUGACUUUUUGGCAUCUAGCGAUGAGGAACUUGAGGAAGGUGGUGGAGACGACGAUGAGGAAGAAGAAAUCCUUGAUGAGAGUGAUGAAGCUCCUAGGCACAAGAAACAGAAGACGUCAAAACCUGCCGAAGAUAGCGAUGCUGACGCAGAUGCCGAAGCUGAUCUGGAUGACGAGGAUGUCGUUCAAGCUCCACAUGCAGAAGCUGGUGGAAACAGGAGAAAGCGUAACAUUAUUGAGGAUGACGAUGAUGAAUGA